UUUACCCUCUAAAAUCGUCAACCAUUGCUAAAUCCUUAGCAUUAUCUUUACGGGAAGCAAGCUAAGCAAUCAAAGACACAGAAGGCAUAGCUUGGUGCGGGGUAGAAGCCUUGAAGGUAUACUGCUCUCUGACAUCAAGCAUUUAACCCGAAAAGAGAUCAAGCUAAUUAGGAUGGAGAAUGUCAACAUUAAUGAGAUUGCUACGACACCAAGUACUGAAGAGAAACCGUGGGGCUUGAGGAUGAUGUUGUUAAAGGCAUGUGUUUACUUCGUGAGGAUAUAGAGUUAAUGGAUGGGAGGUUUCCCAAUCUUCAAAAGUUUUUCCUCAUGAUAGCUGAUAAUGAUAUUGAUGAAGCUAAGUCUCUCGUUCCGAAAUUGGAUGUUCUUACACAGCUUCAAUCCCUCGUGCUUGGUCCGAUGUGUAAUAUCACCAAGUAUUAUUUUCCUUCAAGUCUCAAAGAGAUGAUCCUCCGCCAAGUUAAUAUACCAGCAAGUGCAACUUCCACAAUCGCUGGGUUACCCAACCUUCAAAGACUGAUAUAUGAAGGGUGUAAAUUCGAGCAAGAUGAGUGGGACGUGAGAGAUAUGGAGUUCCCGGUACUCAAAAUCUUAUUUCGAGGUGUUCAGCUUAUGGUAUGGCAUGUCUCAAAAUCAUCAUCAUUUCCCAUGCUUGAGAGUUUAGUGCUACGAUCUGUUAAAUUGCUUGAGAAGAUUCCUGAAAGUUUUGUGGAAAUUGGAACACUUAAAUCAAUCAAGGUGAUCGAUUGUGAUGAUAAUCUCAAGGCUUCAGCUUUGGAGAUUGUGGAAGAAGUAGAAGCAACAACAGGAUAUGACAACCUCAAGGUCUAUAUUUACUCUCGGGAACAAAAAGAAAAAGAAGAGGAAGAGAAAGAAGUAGAAGAAGAGGCAGCAUCAGAAGUAGAAGCAGAAGAAAAAGACACAGGAGAAGAAGAAGCAGCAACUGCAAAAGGAGAAGCAGAAGAAAAAGAGAAAGGACAAGAAGAAGCAGAAAAAGCAUGAGCUUUUCUUAGAAGGCAAGCACCUUCCAUUCUGAUUAUGCCUCUCGCUCCUGCUUGCUUCUCUCUCCAUUAAAAGCUUUCAUAUUGUAUAGGGUCAAAUUUGACCCUCAGCAUCUCUACGCCAGUGGGUACGCCCAAUGAGUGCACGCCUACCAACGUAGUGGGUACGACUCGACCGUGGGGGCAAAAGCGACACCAUUUAGGACUCAAUGUCUUCACUAGGGAGACGUUACCUAUCUUUGUAACUUUUUGAUUCUUUCGAGGAAGGUCUCCUAUUAUAUAAA